UCAUCGCAUGGCUGAUCCUUCUAGGUUCGCCUACCUGCGUGAGGUAAAUACACGCCGGCACUUGUUGAGUUCGCGGGGAUUGAUACCAGUGACUAGUCCAUAAUCAUCGCCAAGCGGGGUUGCCCUUGAGCAGGAGGUUGGCCAACGUUCAUCAUGGGAGUUACUGUCGACUAUCUCGGCCCAACUCUUGCGCCGCUGCAGGGCUCAAAAAUUAUCAAAGUAUAUAAGACGGUCAUCGACGCGGGAAUGUCUCUUCUACCGAACUGCCACUGAGCCUACACACUUGACUCUAAUUACACUUCAGAACCCUCAUCUUAACUGCUCCCAUCCAUCAUAAUGAAGUCCCCACUCACUAUCCUCGCAUUCAUCAUCACUCUAGCCGCCGCUGGCGACUGGGGCAAGUCGUGCUUCGAUGAGACACUGGAUCCCGUGACCGACGUGCUCACUGCCACCUGCCGCACUGGCGAUGGGAGAGGAAUUACGAAAUUGACUUCGCUCGAUUUGAACGAUUGCUACAAGUAUCAAAAUAACAAGAUUGAGCCGAGCUUCCAUGGAAACUUCAGUAAUUCAUGCACCGACUGCGCAAUCAUCCGCUUGCCAGAUCCCGUUUACGACGUCGUGGGCAUUUUACACCCUUGGAUGAAUUGCACGUGUGUGGGUGCCCCAACUGAAGUUGCUAUUAAUACCGAUGCGGAAAUUGAUAACCGCUUUGGAAACCUGAUGUGCAACAUACCGUAGGUGGGUUGAGACAUGGUGUUUGGAGGGAUGCAUGUGGUACUUGAAUAGCAUUUCGUUAAGCUUUCAGAAG